CUAGAGCCAAGAGAGUUGCUAACACUUAAAGCCCUUCCAAAGAUAGACAGACAAACUCUGGCUGGAGAAAGAGAUGAGUCUGCUCACUGUGAUCGUGUGCCUUGUUGCUGCACUGCACCAAGCUGUUGUACAGGCCCCAGCUUCAGGUUAUGCAGCUUUGUCUCCGUUCAUUGUGAAUAACCAAGAUGUGAUCAUCGACAAGCACAACGAACUUCGGCGAGGGGUGAAUCCCACUGCUAGGAACAUGUUGAAGAUGGAAUGGAAUCCUGAAGCUGCGAGCAAUGCUCAGAGAUGGGCAGAUCAGUGUAAAAUGUCCAUCAGUCCUAGGAAUGAGAGAGUCGUUAAUGGUGUUCUCUGUGGCGAAAACAUAUUGUGGGCUGAUUACCCCCUCUCUUGGCCUGAUUCAAUCCAAAAGUGGUAUAAUCAAGUGGCUAAUUUCAAAUACGGUACAGGAGCAAUCGAAGACAAUGCCUCUAUUAGUAGCUACACUCAGGUGGUUUGGUAUAAUUCCUACCUGACCGGAUGCGCAGUUGCCUACUGUCCUGAUAGUCGGCACCAGUACUUUUAUGUUUGCCAGUACUGUCCCGCAGGAAAUAAUGCAGCAGACCUGUCUAAACCUUACAAACAGGGACCGACAUGUGGUGAUUGUCUUAAUGCCUGCGAACAAGGACUCUGCACCAACCCUUGCAAGUAUAUGGAUAAACACGCAAGGUGCAGCACUUUGAAAGAUCUUUUUGGCUGUAAUCAUUCUGUGGUGAAGGAAAAUUGUAAGGCUACUUGCGAAUGCACCACUGAAAUAAGAUAAUAUCCUGCUAUCCAUCACUCUCUCUUCCUGGAGAUUGUUUUAACUGAAAGAGAAAAGAACCCAGGAUAAAAGAAAAAACACACACAUUCACAGUAUUUUCAUAAUUGCUUGAAUUCUGGAUAAAACAAUAAUGAGAUUGCACUCUGCAUUAUGCGUUCUAUGUCCUGAUUGAUCUUCAGUAAUUUAAAUUAUUUCUAUAAUAACUUUAGAAUAUUCAGAAAUUGUAUUUUAGUUAUUAAUGGGCCUGGGUCUAUUCCAGGAGUGGGUGGGUGAGGUUCUGUCACCUGCAAUAUGCAGAAGGUCAGACUAGACGAUCAUAAUGGUUCCUGUGAGUCUACUUCAAAGCAUGGAACUCCCAAUUUUUUUUUAUUAUUCUUAAACAGGAAAUAAAGUCAUAAUCGACUUGACAUUUUUGUAUUGCACAUUUCAUUUCAGUUGAUUUGCCUCUAGCUUUUUCUUUGAUUAUAACAUGAAUGCAAUCCUGUCAAAUAAAAGCAUUG